AUGAAGUUCUCAGUUGUUGCGUUAUUCGCUACUUUCGCAGUAGCCUCGCCGCAUAACAAUGCCGGUGAACGCAACAAAAUUGCGCGAAGGCAGGCUGCCGAGGCAUGCUCCAUCGGUUACUGCACUCAGAACGGCGGAACGACAGGAGGUGCCGCAGGUGAGACUGUCACCGUUACGGAUGUCGAUAGCCUCACCAAGGCAGCCAAGCAGGACGGCCCUCUCACUAUCAUCGUCUCCGGCGCAAUCUCUGGCUCCGCCAAAGUGCGCGUUUCCGCCGACAAGACCAUCUACGGCGAGACGGGCAGUUCUCUCACCGGUGUCGGCCUCUAUAUCCGCAGGACUAGCAACGUCAUCGUCCGCAACAUGAAAAUCGCCAAAGUCAAAGCGGAGAACGGUGACGCCAUCGGCAUUGACGCAUCCUCGAACGUCUGGAUCGACCACUGCGACCUCUCUGGCGACCUGAGCCUCGGCAAGGACGAUCUCGACGGACUGCUCGACAUCUCGCACGGAUCCGAGUGGGUGACCGUGUCCAACACCUACAUGCACGACCACUGGAAGGUGUCGCUGAUCGGGCACUCGGACAGCAACGCCAAGGAGGACCAGGGCAAGCUCCACGUCACAUACGCCAACAACUACUUCUACAACACGUACAGCCGAACCCCCCUCGUCCGCUUCGGCACCGUGCACAUCGUCAACACGCUCUGGGACUCGCUGAUCGGAACCGGCGUCAACACCCGCAUGGGCGCGCAGGUCCUGAUCCAGAGCUCGGCCUUCAAGAACAGCACCAAGAAGGCCGUCUUCUUCGCCGACUCCAAGGAGACCGGGUACGCCGUCCUCGACGACGUCGACCUUGGGGGCUCCGAGAACACCGCGCCCGCUGGUACCCUCACGGCUAGCUCCCUGCCGUACGACUCUAUCCAAGUGUUGGGCUCCGCCGCCGUUGCUAACACCAUACCCGGUACCGCUGGACAGAAAUUGUAA